AGCACUGAAGACAAAAACAAGAUGGCGCGCCCGGAGCUGUUGCCGGCAGCAGGGCUCCUGCUGCGGUUGUCGAGAAAAAGUGUACAGGACGUCCGACUGCUCUGCUUUCCUGAAGUGCUUUCGGGCGCCAGAUUGUCUACUUUUCCAGCAACGCCUGUAUUGAAGGGGCUCGACGAAUGUGCAUUGCCUGGUCCGUCCACCAGUCUAGCAUUGAUAUCAGGACUCUGGAUGCACUAUCUAAGAGAAGGGGGUCACUGUAUGCAAUGCUUGCAUGAUGAAGAAUGUGGUCCCGCUUUUAGCACUGGUUCUCACCUUUUUUGGCGUAGCCGUCGAGGGUCGCAUGUGGAUUGGGCAGCCGGAUGAUUUGCCUGGCUGGUUGGGCGAAGUCAGUACCCAAACGGCAAAGCAGUUGCGGGGAGAAGUGAUUCAGCAGGUGGUCCCUAAACCAGGCUGGAGCGUCAAUCCUUCGCAGAUAGAGCACCUGUCCUGGAAUCCCAGAGCAUGGCUCUACCACAACUUCCUCACGGAUGAAGAGUGCGACCACCUGGUUGCCAUGGCGCGCGACAAGCUGGAGCACUCAACGGUGGUGGACAACGACUCGGGGCAGGGCGUCUCGAGCGAAGUCCGCACAAGCUCCGGAAUGUUUGUGCUGAGGGCGCAGGAUGCGGUGGUUGCGGGUAUUGAAGACAAAAUCGCGGCCUGGACAUUCCUGCCAGUAGAGAAUGGGGAGGCGCUCCAGAUUCUACGCUAUCAACAUGGUCAGAAGUACGAUCCACACCACGACUUUUUCAGCGACAAAGUCAACAUCCAGCGGGGGGGGCAUCGCAUUGCUACGGUGCUCAUGUAUCUGAACACGGUCGGAAAGGGGGGGGAGACGGUGUUCCCAACGGCAACCCCACACCCGCGGCAAAAGGACGGCACGUGGUCAGAGUGCGCACAGAAGGGGCUCGCGGUGAAACCAAGGAAAGGAGACGCGCUCCUUUUCUUCAGUCUCCACCCGGAUGCGUCUACCGACCCGAGCAGCCUGCACGGGGCGUGCCCCGUCGAGAAGGGCGAGAAGUGGUCUGCGCCCAAGUGGAUACACGUGGCAGAUUUUGACGGACCAAAGGUGGUUCCGGGUCAGUGUGCGGACCUAGACGGUCGUUGCCCCGGCUGGGCUGCGACAGGCGAGUGCACGAAGAACCCAGGGUACAUGGUGGGAAGCACCGGCCACUGCAGAAAGAGCUGCAGAGUAUGCUGACACGGUGGUAUGAAACAAAUUGAUCCGUUUACAAGCGACUCCCCACGGGGGCCAUUUGCAAAAAGAAUCGCUUGUAAGGAGAGCUCUAAAUGUAGUGUAGAUGCCCUCUUAAAGGUGGCACGAAAGAAUGAUACUGAUCAAAUACAUUUAUAUGGCGCUUGUCAGCAAAUAUACAGAACUCCAUCACAAUAGCCGGUCGAGAAUUGGCCUAACUGUACAGUUCUACAUGCAUGCAGAAGACCAAUACUGUGGCAGUAACUGGUAUAGUCAAGGUAUGCAACUUGUCGGAG